AAGAACACCUUAAAGACCUUCACGUCGGUUCUGCAAAGGUUGGCUGAGUGUGUUCGGAUCCGUUGACACGCCCAUAAGGGGUUGAAGCGCCGGGCUUUACCGACCGCACUCGAGACGCGGCGAGAUACUGGACGGAUUCCUGAGGUGCAUCUUAGUCCUUAAGUGAUUUUCGAGGUGGAAAGGAAGCAGAAAGGGACGAAUAACGGAAUUUCACACCUUUACAGUCUGUCAUUUGAGGAGCAUAUUGGAGGUGAGCGGUGAACACGAGCCAAUAUGCAGAAUCUGAGACUGCUCAUCUUAAGCGUGCUGUUCCACUCAGCAUUCUCUGCAACUCUGAAAGCCCAAGAACUGUCCCAGACAUUGUUUUUUGGGGAAGACUUCCACAUCCCCAUGCCAGCAGGUAAUGCUGAAGUGUUGUUCAGGCCUUCGAUUGUUCCAGGACGUGAGAAGUCGCUGAUGAGUUCUGGGAAAGUGGUUGAUCUUCGUGCCAAACUCAACAUUGCUUUGACCCACCUGAUCUUGGAGAAUGUUGGAGAAAGUGAUGAAGGAGUCUACACCAUCAAAUCUGACCAAAGCGCAGAGGAUAUUACACGCAUCACACUCUAUGUUAGAGAUUGCUCUAGUGAGCUCAUUGUUAAGUAUGGUUCAGAUUUUCACGUUUCGCUCAAUGAUAUCUCAGAGUCGGUGGGUGUGGGCUUUCGUCACAGCUCAGUGGAGGCUAAUCAGACUUCACUACCGGCUGUGGAACUGCUGAAAGUUGAUGGAACAUCCAUGGAGAACUACCAAGAGCGCAUCGAGAUCACUCCUCAAAAGUUCACUCUGCGUGCUGUUACAGGGGCUGAUGAAGGCAGUUACACCUUCACCGACUCCAGUGGGAAAGUCAAGAAGAAGAUCUGCCUGAAUGUUAAAGCACAUCAGAUAUUUGUAACCCUUUUAUACGGUAGCACUCUGAAAAUAAACCUGCACUUAAAUAGCUCCUUAGCUCGCCUGCUGUACACCCCUAAGUCUGAUAACCACAAGUAUUUGAUUAUGGAGAGCGGACAGAUCAACCUGCCUCCUAACCUGGAUCUGGAAGGUCGCCUCUCUUUGGAGGAUUCUAUGUGUCUUCUGACAGAUGUGAAGGCCAGUGAUGCUGGAGUUUUCAGUGUGACUGACCUUCAGGGAUUCCUGGUGUCUGAUGUUCACCUGGAGAUAGAAGCAUACAAGCUUCCUAAACUCUACAUUGCCAUCAUCGCUUUGGUAGCAUUAUUGGUGUUGCUGCUUUUGGUGUGCUUGGUGUCAUGUUUGGUGAAGAUACGCAAACGUGCAGCAAAAGCCAGAGCCAUUGAGGAGAAAGCCCAGAAUGCAGGGAAAGUGGAGGGUGAUACCUUCAGAAAGGUUGUGAAAGAAGCCUGUACCCGUCAGAAUGAGGAAGCCCCGGCCCUGUCACAGAAAGAAGACAUCACUGAGAAAUCACAGAGCACAGAGGUCAGCAUUAAGGGUUUGGAGGUGUCUACUAAAGAGCCAAGCCUACAAGAGAGGAACAUGGAGACCAGUGACUCUGGAGUGGGCUUUAAUACCACUGGGCUCCCACUUGACAGUGACACUGAUGCCCCAACAAUAGCCUUAGCAGAUUCUGAUGUAUUGAGUACCUCUGCUGCUCCUGACGUCAAAGCCAUUCCCAACCAAGUUCCAGAGCCAAAGACGGCCCCCUCACCUCUAAAACCAGCACCAACUUCAGAUCUAAAACCAGCACCUGUGACCAAGUCGACGGCUCCUCCACCACCUUCUCCUGAACCCAAACCACCAGUAACACCAACACCUGAAUCCAAACCUGCUGCUACACCUGAACCAAAAGUGACCAUCUCACCACCACCUGAAACAAAACCAACCUUAAGCCCAUCGCCAGAACCCAAACAACCCGUGACACCUGAUCCGAAACCAAUAAGUCCAGCACCUGAGGCUGAUGUUAAACCAAUUCCAAGUCCAACCCCUGAAUCUCCAAAAGCUUCAUUGCCAACUCCUGAUGAGAAACCAGCCGUUACUCCAGAUGCCAAACCAGCAGUUUCACCUACUCCUGAACCCACACCAGCUAAAGUUGGCACCCCUGAACAGAAACCCACCUUAAGCCCCACACCUGAUCUCAAGACCCCGGAUCCUAAACCGGUUUCUCCAAUCUCUGAGCCUAAGCCACCAGUCUCACCGAUUCUCGACUCGAAACCAACUACAAAUGGUACUCCUGAAUCCAAGGAGCCAAGUGCACCUUUAUCUCCUGGCCUGGAUGCGAAGGGCACUACUCCUCCUAAAACCCCCGAAUCUGGGAAAAGCUCAGUCAAAACUCCUGAGCUCAUCUCCAGUGGAGGUCUAGACUCGGCUUCUCCCAAUGACAGUGCACCACCUUCAAGCACUGAUGGAGCUGCCACCAACUGAGAUUAAAACCGUAGCCUCGUUCCUGCCUCCUCCUAUAUUAACCACCACAGACAAUCUAGACACUUGACUUAACAAAGAAGAGCUAAGUGACUUCCUAAGGGGGUGGGUUCCUCAGUCUUUUGAGUCUCACUUUUAAUACAAUUAACAUGCAUCAAUGGAAAGAUCCACUGUAAAUUCACUCAGUUUACUAAUAUUUAAUCAGCCCAUAAAAGGGUUCGAAUACAGAGAUGAAGCACUUCAGACCUUCGACUGAUUUGACACAGAAUGAGGGAGGCCAUCUGGGGUAUUCCAAGAAAGUGUACAAAGACAAAUCUUCCAUCACAGAAAUAAUACAUCACUGCAUGAAGAUAAUGAGAAAAUAAAUUCUAUUAUCGGUUCCGUAAUCCAAGAUUACCGUGGUUGAAUUUGGAGAAAGGCACACAAGAGCAUGGGACAUUAAUCAUUUUAAUUCUUUACAAGAUCAUUUCUGCUCCAUUUUGACAAGUCGGAGAAUCUAAAUUGCAAUAUUGAUACUGAGAAAGCGGCAAGCCAACCUUCUGCUGUCUGAGGACUGGAAAAAUGGAAAAAUCAUGUCACUUCGACGCAUGCAAGUCAACAUGUCAUUUUGACAAAGGGGAUGAACGAGGAAACUACUGAAGUGAAGUGCAAAGCCAAACAAAGAAAAACCAUUUGACCAAAAAAAAAAAAUUAUAAUAAUAAUCACAAACCUUCAUAGACUAAUCUGUGACUCUGUGCCUGGAGGACAUUUUUGUGAAUCUUCUUCUAUCAGUCUAACCUAAGACACUAGUCUCAUAGAUGUUCUUGUCCAGAGAUGUGACAGUGCACAUUUCCCAUUCAUCCAGUAACAAAAAAAUUGCUGUUGAAGUCUCUCUCAGUUACUUCCAUAAGCAAGAACUGUUAAAAAUAUCACUUGUGACAAUGGUUGAAGGCAACAGGACAUGCAAACAGGUACAAGUUCUUUGAGUGAGUCAUGUUGUAAUUGUUAGAUCUCAAUAGUGACGCUGUUUCCAUCAUUAGCAAGUGUUCUGGAGUAUUGUGCUAAAAAUGAAUUGACCCUACUAAUAGUGCCAUUUUAGCAUGUGGUUUCCACACCUGAAAAAUAUGCACUGAGCGUAGAUCCCCAUCUUGCUGCCUGGAACUGAGUGCUCGGUUGUGGAGGAUGCAGCAGACUACUGCAAUAUGCCAUACUUUUACUGGCACCUUACAGCAUUACUCCCACACUGUGAUCCAAACACUUGAAUUGGCUAAAAAGUGUUUGAUAACACGCCAUUCAUGAUCAUUAAUGAUCAUUGUUUGAUGAAUUACUCCCAUGAUCGAAAAUGUAUUGAAAAUGUACCCAAACAUCUCAUUAAAUUAAAUUCUGUUUACCGCCCACUUUCCACAGAAGAUAAUAGCGCUGACUCUGAAUCUAUAAUGAUCCUAAUUUACAUAAAAAGGAGGCUUGUUUGUGCUGAAAGAAUGACGGUGAUUGCGGGUGGUUGGUGAAUAAGAGCAGAAGUGGCGCAAGCAGUGAAUUAGCCCAAGAACAUCUGGUAUGGUUAAAUCUGCUGAUUCUUGGUUGCUUGAGGAGCAAGUGGACAUGGUUUAUAGGAAGAUUUGGAUCGUUACUUCUGUGUGUUGCUUCUGGUUAAUCUACAAUGUUCCACAAAUAAUUUGGGAUUUAUAGUCAUAUAUAGUUGAAAGAAAAUCUCACGUAUCAGUUUACAUAUAUUCCAGGUGCCUCCGGUGGAGCCUGAACACCACUGCCUGUUAAUGUUGUAUGCGUCCAGGAACCUGCUCCUACCACACUAUCUGUGGGAGCUGAUGUUAAAUCGCAGUGAGUAGCGGAUGGUAGCUAACUCGAUAUGUGUUUUAAGAACUUGAAGCAUGGGCAGAUUUGACAGACUGGAGGUUUGUGGGUAGAUUUUCUAACGUAACAUUAUCACUACCUCACAGUUAAGCCUGACUAAUCUACUAAACCACUAACUAAACAACAUUGUAACGUAUGUCGACAUUAAAAAAAAAAAAAGAGUGAUGUUGUUAUUUUGGCAAAGCACAAGGUUUGAAAUACAAUCAAAGGUUUACAAAUCUCAAUCAGAUAUUUGGCAAUGCCUUCUCCACAAAUCUCUGAAAAUGGCCUUGUUCCUUCUCAGCCGUCAACAGCUGUUUUAAUAUCAGUGCAAGAAAAUGACACUUGAAACCCAUAUAGUCUUAGUGUCACAUCUCAUAAUGUAAAUAUCACAAACCCUUGAUAUCAUAACCCUAUGUGCACUGUAGUAUUCAAAAUGAUAUAUACCCUGACAAAACAACCAAAAAUGAAUAUAUAGUAAGUGAAUCUGAUUUAGAAUGGAUUAUGAGCACAUCUAAACCAUGUUUUGUGAUGUUAAAGAUGCACUCAGUAAUUUUUGUUUGUUGCAAUAGCUGACAGUGUUCUUGGACUUACACUGACACCUGGUGGUGUGGAGGCAGAGUAAUGAAAAAACAAAAGUUUUAGGUUACCCAUACCACUAACAGAAGUGCUCUGUUUGCAGUCAGCCUUGAUUAAUUUAUACAAUGAUUAAACUUGUCUGUUAAUAGGUGGGCGUCUGAGAUAAAAUGAGUAGUAUUUGGCUAGUUAUGCGAUUUUUAACAUGGCAGCACCCAUGAGGCGACCCACUCCAUGUAAAAUUAAACUCAAAACUACUAUUAAUUCUUUUUAAUGCGCCAAUAUUAGUCCACAUUAAAAGUUAACCUCCUCACUUUGUUUGGAGAGAGAAAGAGAGCCGGUAUUGAAGUAAGAACAUCUAAGCAAUAUAAAGAAUGUGCAGAUACACACACAAUCGUGUACACAUGCAUAAUAACUUGUUUUCAAUUGUGUAUUGUGAGGUUCUGUAGUUUGGUCUACACUUUCCAGAUUCUUUCUCACAACCAUUCACAGACAGCCAUAACAGGGUUUUUUAUCAUAUUUUAUGAACAUAGUAUAGCACAGCUCCCAUCAGCUAAGCUCAUUGGCUGUUAAACAUCACAUCUGAUCUCCAGCAAAUGAUGUUACAGUUACGUGCAUCCCGGUAAUACACAUCACACAGGUUUCCAGGCAAAAUCAAUCUUCUGGUUACUCACUGAAUCAUCACAGUGUCUAAAGCAGAAGAUGACACUUAAGAUAUUCGAUACCCUUCAGGACACUGCCACUGAUAAUAGUCUUGUAUCAUGACAUGAUUACUGUCUGUUUUUGUAUUUUGUGUGUUGAUGCUUGUGUUGUAUGUAUGGUAUUUAUGAUGAGAGAUUAUAGAUGUUAUUCACCAUUGGCAACAUCGGGAGGCCUGUAUGUGUUUGUACAAGUGCAUGUGAGUAUGUUUGUGUGUUUCAGUGUGUUAGCAACAAUCUCCAUUGGAUAGCUGUCAUUUCAAUGCAAUUAGCAAUGUCCUUUUUCUCCCUGGCUGGCUGGUAAUUGCUGUUCCCUUCUAAGUGGUAUUAAAUUCAGAUGCAAUUUAAAGAAGUGCACAGUGUGAGAUUUAUAUCAGAAUGGACUCGAUGCUGUAUAGCGGGACCUGACUAUAUCUGUUUUGAUACCAAGAUAGCCGUGUACUACAGGUCAAUUUGAUUUAAUUGAUGCUCAAGUCUACGCCAACAGAAUAGUAAUUUAGUUUAUAUAGUGCUUUACUCUUGUUCAAGGCGCUUUACAAAAUACAGACAAUAAAGUAACGAUGCAUCGUCAUUGCAGUCUGUCAUUGCAUGCUAUAGAGUUACUCUCCCAUAGUGUCUAUCUGUGCUAGUGUGGUCAUGCAUAUUUAGGAGGUAGUGUGUAGACGUCUAAAAGAAGUACUCUGAUCUUCAUGUAUUGCACGGCUCUGCAGGUCUCUAAUUGGAUAGUUCCAUUGUGUAAAACAUCGCUUACUAGGAUGUCAUUGAAACUGUUGCAUUGUACGUUUCACCCUGUAUCUUUCCAUUCCAUUGGUUAGACCUGAUUGGUCGAUGACAUUCUAAAGGGCAUUAAAGGGAUAGUUCGCUUGAAAAAGAAAAUUCUCUCAUUGUUUACUCACCUCAUGUUGGUCUAGGCUUUCUUUCAAAAUAUUUUUUGUCCAUACAUUUUAAUCAAUGGAGUCGAGAGGUGUUUUGAACCAUUGAAUUUAAUAAUAUGGACAAAACAGUAUUCUUCAGACUAUCUUCUUUUGUGCCCCACAGAAUAAAGUCAUACAGAUUUGGAAUGACAUGCAGGUGAGUAAACUAAAGAAUUUUAAUUUUUGGAUGAGCUAUGCUUUUAAGUAAAUACCCAGAAUUCAACGGGUGUGAAAUUAUCUCUUAAGAGUGAGGAAAAUAAGUGGUGAGAAUGUAUAGAGCAUGAGAAGUCCAAGUAUCCUGUGGUGUUGUGCAUUCACCAAGUAAACUCAAAGUGCAGUUUGUGUCCCACAGGUGCAUGAGAGGUUUCUGCCUCUCUUUUCCUCUCCUUAUUCCACCUGAGUGAUGCUCUACAUUUUAUCAGUCCCCGUUCUUCCUUUUUGCACAAAUACAACACAUAAACAUUUUGUAAAGAAGAUAUACUUCCUUUAUUUCAUGCCUAGAAAUAAUAAUAAAUGAUUUUAAAAUGUU